AUGGUUGGAUUCAGGCCUGCAGAUGUGCCACCUUCGGCAGCUGUAAAGUUUGUGGGAGCAGGAACUGCAGCCUGCAUCGCUGACCUGCUCACCUUUCCCUUAGACACAGCCAAAGUGCGACUGCAGAUCCAAGGAGAGACCAGAGGCUCUGCUGCUACAGGGAGCGGCUCUACGGUGAAGUAUCGAGGGGUGUUCGGCACCAUCGCCACCAUGGUGCGUACUGAGGGUCCUCUGAGUCUUUACAGUGGGCUGGUGGCAGGACUCCAGAGGCAGAUGAGCUUUGCGUCUGUCCGAAUUGGUCUCUACGACUCUGUUAAACAGUUCUACACUAAAGGCUCUGACCAUGUGGGCAUUGGGAGUUGGCUGCUGGCUGGAUCUACCACAGGUGCCUUGGCGGUUGCCAUUGCUCAGCCCACAGACGUGGUGAAAGUUCGCUUCCAGGCACAGGCGAGAUGUCUUGGCCGUGCCAGGCGCUACUGUAGCACAGUGGAUGCUUACAAGACGAUUGCCAAGGAGGAAGGCAUUUGUGGUCUGUGGAAAGGCACAGCUCCAAACAUUGCACGUAACGCUAUUGUUAACUGCACAGAACUGGUGACCUAUGACUUCAUCAAGUAUAUGCUCCUUAGGUCCACACAGCUGACAGAUAAUCUGCCCUGCCAUUUUGCAUCAGCCUUUGGUGCGGGGUUGUGCACAACAGUGAUCGCCUCCCCUGUUGAUGUGGUCAAGACAAGAUACAUGAACUCUGCUCUUGGCCAGUACAGCAGCGUUCUCAACUGUGCUGUUGCCAUGAUGACCAAUGAAGGCCCGUGUGCUUUUUACAAAGGGUAA